AUGGUCGACAAUUACAGUAUGGCACGUGUGGAGAACGUGCACAGAGGCGCUUGGAUGGAGGUUACGAGGCCACGGAAUGCCGGGGGCUAUCGUACUGUUCGGCUGCAGGAAAAUAAAGCCACGGCAACGGUCGACGACGAAGGGGCGAUUUAUUCAUUCAUUCAUGCCGCUGAGACGAAGCCUCUGGCCGAAUGGCGAUGUCGAGCGUACGGCAAACGCCACGGCAGCCGUCAUGCAAAACGGCACGUCGGUGGUAGCGAAACGGAGUUGGCGACGACUUGGGAGGUCGACCGGCAGCGGGACCACCCGUUGUGUCAAAGGGAGGCAAAAACCGCCGCGGCAACAGCCGCUAAUAAACAGAGCGCUCCGAUGGGCCGGCCAGACGAACGGCCGUGA